AUGGCAUCUCUGUCUUACCAUGAAACACUCACCAUUCUCAUUGCUUCUGUUAUGGCUGUCUCUGUUGCUGCAGCAUAUCAAGAAUGCAGCAACCAGAAAUCAGUUAAAGACUAUUGCAACGUAACGUCGUUUCCCGACUUAUGUUACAACAGUCUUGUUCCUAAGAUUGGUUCAGGCAUCACUGAACCUCAAGAAAUCUACAAUCAAUCAGCUGAACUGGCCCUGGCUGAAGUUUCAAAAGCAUCACUCGAGUUUGCUGUCAAUGGAAAACUCCAACAACUCAUCAUUGGAAAAACGUCAGACAACAGAUCAGCCCUCUCAGCAAUAGAAAGUUGUAGGGUGCUUUUUUCGCUUGCGUUGGACACCAUCAACACUUCCUUGUCAUCGUCUGAUGUCACAACGCCAGAGAAUCGUGACAGCAUAAGAAUCUGGCUGGGUGCUGCAGAUGCUGAUCUGGAGACGUGCCAAGACGGGUUUGACAAUUUUUCCUAUGAUAUAAGAGAUCUUGUUGCUGAAAAUCUGAAGAACUCAACUGAGUAUAUAAUCAUCAGCCUAGAUAUCAUAUCUGAAAUCGACAGAUGUGCAAGCUCAACCAUGGAAGGAAACAAAAACUGUUAUAAAGGUGAUCACAACCCUUAUUGCUUGUCGAUCAAAGGAAGAAAACUUCUUCAAGCUGCUAGUCCUAAUAUAGCAAACUCCGAUGUUGUAAUGGCAAGAGUUGGCUCUGGAAACUAG